CUUAGAGCAAUAAACUCUUUACCCUCCUUCCGAAAAUUGCAGCAACAUUUUCUUAUCAAUGGCUUCUUUAUCUCUCUCUACUCUAAUCUUGCUUUGUCUUCUUCAAUGGCUACCAUGUUUGUCCGCGUCCGACAUGUGUUCGGCUAUUUUACUCGACAUUGGUACGGGCAGCUGUGGCUUCAAUAGCUACUGCUCAAAUGAAAAUGGGAGAUAUAAUUGUAGCUGUCCACCCGGGUAUGUAUUUGUGGAUCCAACAGACCGAUAUAGUGACUGCAGGCCGACGUUUCAGCAACGGUGUGAAGCUAACGAUGGGUCAAGAGAUCCAGAAGAAUUGUAUGAAAUAAGGGAACUCAGUAACGUAAAUUGGCCACUGGGAGAUUAUGAGAGGUUGGAACCUUAUAAUCAAACAACGUGUGAAAAAGAUUGCUUGCAAGGUUGCUCUUGUGCUGUUGCGAUAUUUGGUGGCGAAACAUGUUGGAAGAAGAGAUUGCCACUUUCCAACGGAAGAUUCGAACUCGGCGCAAAAGCUCUAUUCAAAGUCAGGAAAGGAGAUUCUCCAGAGUUUUCUGCCAAUUCAGGCAGCAAUAAAGGAAUAUCAACAUUAUUAGGAGCUCUCUUAUUGGGUGGUUCUGUAUUCUUCAACGUUCUUUUGCUAGUGGCUUUUUGUCUAAUUGUCUUUGUGUUGCCAAAGAGAAAAUAUGGAAAUUAUAAUUUCCAAGAUUCAACCAUGGCUGAAUCAAAUUUGUGUUUCUUUACUUACAAUCAACUCAGUGAAGCUACAGAUGGCUUCAAGGAAGAACUGGGCAGAGGUUCUUUCGGUAUAGUGUACAAAGGGGUCUUCAAAACUGGUUCAGGAAAUGCCAUAGCAGUCAAGAAGUUGGACAAGUUAGCUCAGGAAAGGGAAAGAGAAUUUAAAACCGAAGUGAGUGCAAUUGGGAGAAUUCAUCACAAAAAUUUAGUCCAAUUGCUUGGAUACUGUGAUGAAGGUACUAAUCGGCUUUUAGUAUAUGAAUUUAUGAGCAAUGGGACAUUGGCAACCAUCCUUUUUGCUCUUCCAAGGCCUGACUGGAAUCUAAGAGUCAGGAUUUCCCUGGAGAUUGCGAAAGGGCUUGUGUACUUGCACGAAGAAUGCAAUGUUCCAAUUAUCCAUUGCGAUAUAAAGCCUCAAAAUAUACUUCUAGAUCGCUACUUUAAUGCAAAGAUUUCAGACUUUGGAUUAUCAAAGUUGUUACUCUCAGAUCAGUCUCGAACGCGUACCAUGAUCCGAGGAACUCGAGGGUAUGUUGCCCCUGAAUGGUUCAAGAAUGUAGCUGUGUCUACCAAAGUGGAUGUUUAUAGUUAUGGUGUUAUGCUGUUAGAGAUAAUUUGCUGCAGAAGAAGUGUGGAGAUGGAAACAGAAGAAGAAAGAAGGGAAAUACUAAUAGAUUGGGUUUAUGAUUGCUAUGUUGAAGGGAGACUAGAUGUUCUGGUAAAUGAAGAUGAAAUGGCUAUGGCAGACAAAUGCAGGCUGCAAAAGUGGCUGAUGGUAGCAAUGUGGUGCAUUCAAGAAGAUCCUUCAGAAAGGCCAACAAUGAAGAUGGUGUUGAACAUGUUAGAAGGAUAUUUGGAAGUUCCUCAACCCGCAUGCUCUUCUUCCUUCGGCUUGAGCUGAGUUGAGGCCACCAGAUGGAGCAUUUCAUUAUUAUUUAUUUACAUGUAAGCAUGAUGUUACAAUAUCAGCUCUGUAAAUAUUCUGAAUCAAUUGUAAGGAUUAAAAUAUCAA